GUUUUGUAUUUAUUGACGUAGGAAACCAUAGGAAAGCUAAUAUCUAAAGAAAAAAGGGGACUUUCACGUCAGACAUAUCUAGAGCCACAAAAUUCGUUAUCUGCCGUUAAUUAUUACGAAGAAUUUCGACGCAAACGUGAAAAUCCCCAAACUGAAUUGUCGGCAAGCGUAGAACAAACGGCCAGCGGUGGUCAGAGUGAUUGGAAUACUAAUUCGAACUAUCCUACCAAUGAUGUAAAGCACAUAAAGAAAGUAAUGGAAAUAACAAAGGACGUAGGGAAAAAAUCGGUUACAUUUUUUGAUUUCAAAGGGCUGAUGGCGCCUGUUUUUACAUGUUUCAAUGAUGAUGAAAGAAAAACUAUAAAUAUAUCAUAUGUCGAUCGUUAUGCUAAAUGGUUAAAGUCGAAAAAUAUUGAUGGCGUUUUAGUCAACGGCAUUACCGGUGAAGGUCCUAGUUUAGGUCUGCUUGAACGUAAACUUAAUGCCGAGUGCUGGUGGCGCGCGGCUUCAGAAAACAGUCUAAUGAUGAUGUUGCAAAUUGGAGGCGGGGCUUUGCCAGAUGUUCUUGAAAUGGGCUGCUUUGCCGAAGAAUUGGGAAUUGAUUCCGUUUGCUGUUUACCGGAAAUUUUCUAUAAGCCACGCAACAUAGAUCAGCUUAUAGCCUAUUGUAAAGUAGUGGCAAAAACAUGCCCCUCACGCCCAUUUUUCUAUUACCACAUACCAAGGAUUACAAAUGUUAAUUUGGAUAUGCCGAUGUUCUGCAAAGCAGCUAAAAAAAAUAUACCGAAUUUCGCCGGUAUACAUUUUACUCAUACGGAUUUAAGUGCGGCCUGUAAGUGUCUAAGUGAAACUUGGGUGCUCUUGGGCAUAUCUUCACUAUUAGCCGCUGGCAUGUUAUUAGGUUUUGGAGCUUUCGAAUCAUCAAUUUUAAAUAUAUAUCCGGAGUUAUUUUGUGACAUUUACGCGGCCAUGUCGAACAAUGAAGUAGAACGAGCACAAGAUAAACAAAUUGCUCUAAAUGCGAUCGUCAAUCGCAAACUUCCGAAGGUCGAUGUAAACAUGGUACAAUUUUGCAAUCAAGCUGAAGAAUGUAUAACAAAUUUCUACGGCCUCUGCUACAACAGCGCCGACUUAGAUAUGGCGCAAAAGUGUAAGACACCACAACGUAUCAUCAUAAUGGGUAUGAGCGAGUAUCUAGGGAGUUGCUUGAUGUUAGGCUUUGAAACGUUUAUAACCUUUGUCGCGAAUAUAAAGCCAGAGGUUAUUUCCGAUUUAUUGCGGGCUUUUAAACUAAAAAACCUCCCUUUGGUUCAAGCGAAACAGAAUGAAUUAAUGCUUCUAGUGGCAACAAAAACACAAAAUGACGAACUGAAUGUUCAAAUAGCAGACAUUAAAAAUUGGUUCAACGAGAGAAUGCUAAGCGAAUAUCAAUUUUCGGCGGGCCCGACCAGAGGUGCCUGUUUAGACGAAAUGAACCCGCCGCACCCGGCUAAACCAAACUAAAAUCAAAGUG